AAAAUUUUAUGUUAUCUACCGUCCUGUUUGGCUACUGUAUUGUCUGUGCAUAUACCAGUUGACUACAUGGACGAAAGAUGAAAAAAUCUGUUUUGUGAAAAUUCAAUGACUAAUUCAGACACUCAACUUCUAUUGAUAGCUCGGAACGAGGGUAAAAUCAAAUCGUACGAGUCCUGCAUCGACGUCCGAGCAUGGAGUCAUGACGUCGCAACGCAGGUACGCUAUCUCAAAGAAUGGAUGAGAUGUGACAUGCCCGUUUGCGUUAUACCUAUGAGCACUGUGUUGGGAUUUCUGAGGAUAAUGACAUGCAGUAGUCGUAGCAGGGCUGCGCCCCGAUGUCAUCCAGAUUGUAAAUCGAAAAUUAUACUUGAAAGCAUCACUAACUCUUGUGAAGCCAUGAAAGAAUGUUUGAAGGAAGGUGAAGAUUUGGAAAAGUUUUUCAUUGAAGAUGAAUUCGAGACCAGCCAUUGGCCGUGCGAUAGAUGUUUGGAAGCUUUAAAAAGUAUUAAGCUGUUUUGGAAGGUUUUACUAGAGAAAUUAUUUAACUUAAAUAUAUCGAAAACUUCAAAUUUCAGUAAGGAUAAUUGCGUAAAUGACAGUUCUAGAGAAGUUGCCAGGAAUUGGCAACAAGAGAUGGUGCGACAGGCAUUAUUUGUCAAAUCGCUGAUGCCUUGCAGCUCUAGCUCCAGCCGAAAAAAACGUGAGCUGCAAAAAGUUUGUGAUGAGGGAAAGUGGAGGGAAUCUUCCUACUGUCCUAAGUUGUUGCCUGUAAAUGAAAAUCCACGUUCGCUUUUGCACAAUUUUGAAGAAAGUGUGUAUGAGACGAGUAAAGUGGCAAAAGACGCAGAGUCUGAAAUGAUAAUUACGUUGCAAAACUGCAAAAAUGACACCUACCAACAUGUGUCAUUGCUCCAAGUUUUGCAUAAAACAAAUGACCCAAUUCUGCAAGAAGUACUACCGCACGGUCCUCGUGUAAAAAAGGAAGAUCCUGUUUGUCUGUUAACUAAAGUGCAAAAAGCAUUAGGAGAGAUGGUCAAAAGAGAGAUGAAACUCGCAAGUAAAACUAAAAAGUGCACGGAUUCGAAUAUUUCUGAUAUCGAAGCGUCAUUCCGUACAGUAGCCGUCUGCAAGUCUAAAAAUUGGCAUUCUUCACCUAGCUCUUUGAGGUAA